AUGAACUGUGGCGUCUUUGGUCACCGUACAUGGCAAUGCGGUCAAGUCGGACGGACAGCCGAACCGAUCCCAGACUGGCGCCGUACCACUAACGGUAAAAUAUAUAGUGUAAAGGCUUUACUUGGGAUGCAUCCUUACCAAGAGUGGACUAUGGAAACCGUUUUAGAAGAUCAAUCGACUCAAAACAUUCACGAUAAUACCCCAUCUGCCACGCCCACCCCUAUGAGUGUCCCAUCCGACCCUUCAAAUGGCCAUCCAACUGCAUUGAAUAUUCGUUCAAUGUUUUUUGAAAUGGGUCGUUCGGUCACUGCCGACAUGAUUGGUCUCAGUUCUCCAACCCCCACCCCUCCGGCUACCACGUCAUCCGCGUUGUUGGAAACACUUCAAUCACACUCAAGACAAACCAAGCACCAACCUUUCAACCCGGUGGCGCUCCCAUGGACCGAUUGGUCAAAAGUACACAGUUUGAGACCGUAA